AAUUCGUGGAUCAAAAUUUUGGCAUUCAUUAUUAGUGCAGAAUUGUUUAUAUCGCAACUGUAUCAAUAUUAUAUUCCAUAGUCCACAUGAUGAGUUGAGUAAAAUACGCAGGAAAAAGGGUCUCUGAUACAACUUACAGAGAUGAGUUAGAAGCCACCAUUUGGUGAAGAAGGAAAGAGACAAUUCCAUGAUCUAUGGAAACUCCCACACUUUUUCUUUCCAUAGUUUUGGUAAUUUUGUUUUGCAUUUGCGUAUUGAAGAUCAAUUCCAGCAGCCGGAAGGCCAGUAAACUUCCUCCGGGGCCUUACCCUUUACCUGUCAUUGGCAACAUCUUUCAGCUUGGUGGAGUUUUCCAUGUUUCACUAGCAGAACUCUCCAAGACUUAUGGAUCUUUGAUGACAAUUCAUCUAGGAAGCAGGACGACGUUCGUUGUAUCGUCAUCGGACAUCGCGAAACAAAUAUUGUCCAAACACGAACAUCUGUUCAUUAGAAGGCCAGUCACAGAUGCAAGCAGGGCACUUGAUCAUGAUAAGUUCUCUGCUAUCUGGUUGCCGGCGACAUCAGGCCAAUGGCGCAAUCUUCGCAAACUCUGCAAAGAACAAAUAUUUUCAUCCGAGAGACUCAAUUCAAGUCAGGGCCUGCGUCAGGAAAAGAUGCAACAACUUCGUAAUUAUUUGCAAGAGUGCUGCAAUACUGGAAAGGUUGUCAACAUUUGUGAGGCAGCCUUUACAACAUCUCUGAAUUUGACCUCCAACACCAUUUUCUCGGUUGAUUUCGCCGAUUAUGGUUCAAGUUCAUCUCAGGAACUAAAAGAGAUAGUAACAGGUGUGAUGAAAAGUCUUGGCGCUCCAAAUGUUUCCGACUUUUUGCCUUUCCUAAAAUACAUUGAUCCACUAGGCAUAAGGCGGCAGGCUAAGUACUAUCUUGGAAAAUUGUUUCAAAGUUUUGACGAUCUAAUCACUCAAAGGUUACAAGAAAGGCGGACUUCCCUGGAUUACUCCAGAAAAGAUGAUUUCUUGGAAACCCUUCUUGAUCUAACCGAGCAGGAAGGAGCUGAAUGGAGGUAUCAGGACAUCAAACAUUUGAUCCUGGAUUUAAUAUAUGCUGGAACAGAAACAACUUCACUCACAGUGGAAUGGGCAAUGACAGAAUUGUUAAGGAACCCUGGAAAACUGAGAAAAGCUAGAGAUGAGAUUAAGGAAGUCAUAGGGCACAACAAUAUUGUUCAAGAAUCAGAUAUCUCAAGGCUUCCUUAUUUGCAGGCAUUAGUUAAGGAGACAUUCCGUCUUCAUCCAGUGGUUAGUGUUCUAGUCAAACUACCUGAAGAGGAUGUGAAAGUAGAACAGUCUGUAGUGCCAAAAGGAGGUCAAAUAUUUGUUAACAUUUGGGCCAUUGGCAGGGAUCCGAGCCAGUGGCCUAAUCCUGAUGCAUUCGUCCCCGAAAGAUUCUUGAGCAAAGAAAUUGAUGUGAAAGGCCAGCAUUUUGAGCUCCUUCCCUUUGGCACAGGAAGGAGAAUAUGUCUAGGAAUGCCUCUAGCACAUCGAAUGCUACAUCUCAUGCUGGCUACUUUGCUGCAUAAAUUUGAUUGGAAACUUGAAGAUGGGAUCAGACCUGAAGAUAUUGACAUGGCUGAGAGGUUUUGUGGUACAGUUCAGAAGGCAGUGCCCCUUAAGGCCAUUCCAAUUUUAGAUUAUAGUACAUAGUCCUUGUCUUUCAUGGAUUGUCUGACUGCAUCUGUAACAAGCAUUUAUGGGCCUUUUUAUGUUUGGGAAAAACCGUAGGUUAGCAUUUAAUAUGUUUGGCCCCUUUUUUCAUAUUUUAUGGCAGAUUGAUUGCGUGAGCAAUGUACAACUGGGAGUGAUUUUCGUUUUCUAAAUGCAAUCAGUGGCUGAUAUUGAGAAAACAUAUCUUGUC